AUGGCCAAGGAGUUCCAAUUCAACUGGCGCCCCAACGUGCCUAGUUUGCUCCAACAUGGCUCCGUUUUCGAUCGCUAUGAUGACGAAAGUACUUGCUUGGAGACCAAUGCUCAUGUCAGAGUUGACGAGUACGGGUUCUUCCUUUACUGGCUCGUUGAAGCUAGGGAUGCAGUCGUUUUGGACAUGAGCCAGGUUUGGGAAGCGCGUCCAUCGGGAUUGCCUAAAGACGGACGCGUUCUCUUUGAGCUUGAGCAGCGAGGUUCUCGGGAAACUCUAGAAGAACGUACGAUAUGGAUAACUCACGGACAAGAUUUAGUCAAUGUCCAAAGCUUCUAUCUUGUUGCCGAAACCGUUGAAAUUGCCAAGGCUUGGCGGAUAGGAAUUAAUGAGAUCUUGAAGAACUGUAAGAUGCGACAUGUUUGUCCAACGACUAAUCUCCUCAGAUACUGGAAGUGGCUGACCUUGAGUGUUAAUGAUCGUCGUAAAAUUCCGAUCAAACUCCUCGUUAAAACGUUUGCUUCGGGCAAGCCAGAGAAGAUGGUUCUCAAAUGUUUGAGCGAUCUUGGUCUCUGUGGGGAUAAGUAUACGGUUCCGCGAGUGAUGAAUCGUUCGAUGGGCAAGAAGUUCACCAACAUCUACAAAUGCAGCAGUGGCCGCAAGAAGAAGGAGCGUGAGGAACUAGAUGUGGAGAUCUUGACUUUUGAAAAGUUCAUUCGUCUCUACAACAAAAUUUGUCCUCGCUCGGAAGUGCAAGAAUUGUUUGUGAAAUUAAGUGGCCAGAAAGAGUAUUUGACGAGAGACCGAUUAACGAAUUUUCUGAACGAGGAACAACGGGAUCCAAGAUUAAAUGAGAUUCUCUUUCCCUUUUUUGACAACACUAGGACGCAGGUGCUUAUAAGUAAGUACGAACAAGACAACAACUACAUUGAAAAUGGGAAAAUGUCCGGCGACGCCUUUCUCCGUUUCCUUAUGUCGGAUGAAAACUCUCCCGUGUUCUUGGAUCGAAUCGAUAUGCAUCAGGAUAUGGACCAGCCACUCUGUCAUUAUUACAUCAAUAGCUCUCACAACACUUACCUAACGGGUCGUCAAUACGGAGGGAAAUCUUCUUCGGAAAUAUACCGACAAGUUUUAUUGUCGGGCUGCCGCUGUAUCGAACUGGAUUGUUGGGACGGUACAGGAGAAAACAAAGGAGAGCCAAUAAUCACACAUGGAAAAGCCAUGUGUACCGAUGUUUUCUUCAGAGAUGUUCUGUACCAGAUCCGUGACACAGCCUUUGCUCGGUCAGAAUUUCCGGUUAUUUUAUCAUUUGAAAACCAUUGCUCCAAAUCAAAUCAGUUGAAAAUGGCUAAGUACUGUAUGGAUAUCUUUGGAGAUAUGUUAUUAGCAAAGCCGCUAGACGAUUUCCCAUUAGAUGCUGGCGUUCCCCUUCCCUCUCCAAACCGUUUGCGACGGAAGAUCCUCAUCAAGAAUAAACGUCUUAAGCCUGAAAUUGAGAAGCAUCAACUUGAUCAGUUCCUUCGUGAGGGGAAAUUGGAUGAAGAAGACGAAAUAGCAGAGACUCCUGAGGUUGUCGGCGAGGAUUCGAUAUCACCGCUCGACUGCUGUGAGGAAGACGAUGGCGAGACGUCCGACGAAGACGACCUGUCUGUCCAAUCGUCGACGAAUGUCAGCGCGUCAACGACUUCGUGUCGUCCUUCCGUACAAUCAGUGGAUUCAUCACAACCACAAGCAGCUCCACAACUGCUUACUCCGCUCGACCGUGCACUCAGUCACAAGCUCGUGAUACGAUCGCCUCGUUUCUCACUCCGAGCAAUCUCUAUGAAAGGUCGACAAUCGCCAUUAGCUGGUGAUCAACGCGCACAUCCGGAAGUUGAGCCACCAGCGGUCACUUGUCCAGCUAUCAAACCACCAACACCUGGUGAAGUUCAACCAUGCAAAGAACCCGACGAAGCCCAUCCUGAAUUGAAACAGAAUUUUAUAUCAAAAAAUUUAAAAUCACUCGGGUUCACCAAGAAGCAGGAUCAGCUGGAUGUACUGGAGCGUACUGGGAGCUCUAUGAAUAAACGAUCUUUUCGUCGAACCAAUCGAGAAGAUCACUCGGACUCUGCUGCUCUACUCGAUCUCCCGAGAACAUCAUCUUCACGCGGCAAAAAGAAGCCCAUUCUCACCAAGGAGGAAGAGGAACGGAUCUUUGCGGAGUACCACUACACAGGAGCGACAACAAAUAUCCAUCCAUUAUUAUCAUCACUUAUCAAUUAUACACAUCCAGUCAAAUUCAGCGGUUUUGAUGUAGCAGAAAGUAACAACUUGCAUUAUCAUAUGUCCUCUUUCUCCGAAUCAACAGGUCUAGGCUACUUGAAGCAAUGCGCUCCAGAGUUCGUUAACUAUAACAAGCGGCAGCUGAGUAGAAUAUAUCCUAAAGGGGCCCGAGUGGAUUCAAGCAAUUUCCUACCGCAGAUCUUCUGGAAUGCCGGUUGCCAAAUGGUUGCGUUAAACUUCCAAACUCCUGAUGUAUAUAUGCAGUUAAACAUGGGGAAAUUUGAGUACAAUGCCGGUUCUGGUUAUCUACUGAAACCCGAUUUUAUGCGUCGUCCAGACCGAACAUUUGACCCGUUUUCCGAGUCACCUGUUGAUGGCGUAAUAGCUGCUCACUGCAGUGUCCGGGUAAUUUCUGGGCAGUUCCUCACGGAUAGAAAGGUUGGCACCUACGUAGAAGUAGAAAUGUACGGUCUUCCUACGGAUACUAUCAGAAAAGAGCACAAGACAAAAGUUAUCCCUGCGAAUGGAUUGAAUCCAGUCUAUUCUGAAGCUCCGUUUGUGUUCCGAAAGGUUGUGCUGCCAGAAUUGGCUGUCCUAAGGUUUGCCGUUUACGACGAAAAUGGGAAACAACUGGGACAACGAAUUCUGCCCUUGGAUGGCUUACAGGCUGGCUAUCGUCACAUAUCACUUCGAUCGGACACCAACCAAACCAUGGUAUUAGCGCCCACAUUAUUCGUACACAUCGUCAUCAAGACUUACGUUCCUGAUGAACUUAGUGGUUUGGUGGAUGCUCUUGCGGAUCCAAGGGCAUAUCUCUCUGAACAGAAGAAACGACAAGAAGCCUUGGCACACAUGGGAGUGGAUGAUAGUGAUAUAGUCGAGGUUCCCGCCAAGGCGAACGCUGCCAAAAGCAAAAUUCUGCAAAAGACGAAUGGUUCUGCAGCCAACCUACUUAAUGAGAAAGAAAAUCCUCCGUCGUCUGCACGAUCUGACGGAAAUGUGGCCUCAACUGGUUCCUCAAAGCCUAACAAUGAGGCAGCGUCGGCUCCGGUCGACAAAUUUAAGGUUGAGCCGAUUGAGGUGGAUGACUUGAAAAAGGACAAAUUGUUUGCUAAGCUUCUGAAAAAGUUCCAGAAGGAGAACGAGGAACUCAAAAAGAAGCAUCAAAAGCAACGCGACAGCAUUCAAAAGCAACAGCAAACAAACGUCGACAAAUUGAUGACGAACAAUCGUCGAUCCACAAGGAAAGAGAAAGGCACUCGACGCCAAGCUAGCGAGAACUUCGACUCUGCCGGUGCCAGCGACAUGGCGACUAACGACCGAGUUCGAUCUCUUGUUAAUGUGCAAACGGACGAAUGGUCUGCAAUGAUGAGGCGGCAUGAAGCAGAAGAAUUCGAGUUGCGGAAAACUCAACUUCGGGAGCAGACCGAAACACUCAGGAAACUUCUGCUCGAAGCGCAGAAGGUACAGAUGCAGGGCCUAAAAUUGCGACUUGAAAACGAGACAAAAGAGCUGAAACAAACUCAGACAAAGAAGAGCAUGGAGGACGCUAAAAUCUUGAACCUUGACAAAGGUAUUAAGACCAAAGCAGAGCGUGAGCGUCGUUUGAAAGAAUUGCAUGAGAAGAACCUGAAGAUGUUCGUCGAGGAACGAAAGCGACUUGCCAAAAAAGGCGAAAAGCAUGAAGAACAGCUGGCAAAACGUCAUCAAGAUCAACUAGAGCAGUUGGAACGUGAGGCUGCGAAGGCUCUUGAACAAGAAGAGGCGAAUUUCAGGGAAGAUCAGCUCUCCUCGAAGCCGGCGUCUGUAGUUUAA